UAGUUUUCCUAUAUUUGAUUCUUUACCCUGGCAAAGUAGACACUGCUAUUCUCAUUUUUCACAUGAUGAAAGUGAAGUUCAGAAAGGGUAAGUAAUCUACCAAGAACAUGAACCUAUGAGUGGGGUAGGACACAGAGCUACCUGAAGCCUCAGCAUGUUUACAUGCGUGUCUGCGUGAGGUGGAAUUUUCCUGUCAUCAGAUCCUACCUGGAGUGUGAACAUAGGUGAAGGAUGAGCAUUUUUCAGCCACAGUCUUAUGUUUAUUUAGGAAACAGCCCAGCCCAGUGAAUUGGGCUCAAACUCAAGAUUGGCUGAUUCACCAAGGCACCCCUGCAAACAAAGCUGGCAGAGUAGAUGUUUCCACUCCUUUCCAUGGGUAAGAAAACUUUGUACAGAAUAGGAAAAAUGGCCUAGGCAGAAGGCCUGGAUCUGCUGGCCAAGGGAAGCUACGGAAGAUUCGGGAGAGGGGAGGAGCAUUAAUACCUUGGGAGAGGCUGUCCCAAUGAUACCCCACCACAGUCAAUUUCCAAUGGGCAUCUGGAAUUCAGAUCAGAAUCCAUGCCCCUCAUUUCUUUACCUCCAACAGCAGCCCACCAAAGCCUGAUCUCGAAGAUCUUCUGUUUAUGCUGCAGGGACUGUCAAGAGGCCUAUGUCAUCCAAGACUCCAAGGUUCCCAGUCAACCCCAAGAGCACAAGCCAUCCACCCAAAAUUUGCAGCUUCAGAGGGACGAGCUUAACAGACAAAAUCCCAAGCACAUUAACGCAGCCUCCCAUUUGCCUUCGAGACAACCCCUGAUCCAGCCGAAAAAGAGAGCUUCCUCCAGCAGCAGUGAGUUUGAGGAUCUGAAUGCAUAUGCUUCCCAAAGAAAUUUUUACAAGAGAAACUUGAACCGCUACAGCCAGUAUCACUGGCCGUUCCAGCCGUGUCUCAUUGGGAGGCCCUGAGCAUUCUAGCUGGCAGCACCCAUGGGGGGUUCCUGAUGCUACACAGCUGCUGGGGUGUCUCCAUGAGUAAGAGGGCGGUGGACAGGAGUCAUGAAGACUGAUUCAGAAACUCCCCUGAAGGAGGAGAAGACGUCUGAGCCAUCCUUGUGCCACCAGCAAGUCACUCCAGCUCCUGAAAAAGCCACCAUGGGAAGAGCUGCCUCCAAUUAAAGUUCUUGGUCA